AUGCGCUGGAGGGAGACCCUGCCCCCAGCGUUUCAGGAAGCGAGCGGUGUGCCCUGCAGUCCUGGAAGGAAGAAGCUGGCUGGGGUCAAGGGACCAGGAUUUCCCCGUGGUCUCCUCUCCUCUCCGCCCCUUGCCCCAACCCCAGGUGACACCCUCAGCUGCUUCCUUGCCUGCCACCCGAUUCGGCCCAGGCCCGACGAGAAGGUCACACGCGGGGGACAGACGGGCCUGCGCCUGGGAGACGAGCGGGCUUCGGAGCUAGCCCGCUUCAGAGCAAACGCGGACCCUGACGUCACCCCGCCGCUCUCCGGGCAAGGCCCGCACCUGCUGACCACGAGCACCAGAUGGCGGUGUUGGUCCGCGAGCCAGCGCCCUGCGGGGCCGGAGGGGCCGGGCGAGCCCGACCUGGAUCCCAAACAUCCCGGAUGGCUGCCGCGGAUUCCACCGCGAAACGGCGGAGACACGCGGCGCAUCCCACCGAGGCCAGGGCGUCGCAUCCCACGGCGCUGCGCGGCCUGCAGCAGACCGGCAGUGUAA